AGCCACUAAAAUCAUACCUUUGAUUUUGCGUACGAAAUUCGAACUUUGAAUAAGAAGCAAAAAUUCCUCCACAUUAUCUUCGCAAAAAUCAAGAACAUCCGAGCAAAAAUGCUCACGAUCACAGCUCUUUUCUUCGCUACAAUUCUUAUUGUAUCUUAUCAAAUGACAUUAGUGGUGUCUUCGACCGACGAAGAACACAAGUGCGAAGGAAAAGGACUUUGUUUGCAAGAUCACAAAGAAAAAUUACCAGUCUCUGGAGUUUAUGAAGAUAAAAGGACCCCUUCAGAUGAAAAGGAAAAUAUAGAAAAAUCAAAGCAGAAAGAAAAGAUUCCAAGACCGAGCCAUUCGGAAAAACAGAGAGAUCAUUUAUGGGGAAAUCCUUUUGAGAAUUUGGACAGACCUGUUCAACUGGUUUAUCCAGAUAAGGGUUCACAUAAAAAACUUGUUUUGCAUGAAGAAAAUAUUAAAUUUCUGCAGUAUAUACAAGAACCAGUAGCAACCGUAGCAGUAGUUGGCAAGUUCCACACUGGCAAAUCCUUUCUGCUUAACCAGCUGAUGGGCAAGAAAGCUGGGUUUGGAGUAGGUCCUUACGUCAGGCCAGAGACAAUGGGAAUAUGGAUGUGGGGAAAGCCAAUCAGGAUGAAGACUAGUGAUGGACAACAAGUUGCACUUAUUUUCCUUGAUACCGAAGGUUUUGCAGCCACCAAUGUGUCGGAAACUUAUGAUGCAAAAGUUUUUGCAGUUGCAACCCUUCUAAGCUCAUUUCUUAUUUACAACUCAGUCAAGAUAAUUGACCAGGGCGACAUUGAUUACCUUGAGCUUUUGGCCAGGCGAACCCAACUUUUUGCUCUCAAGUCCCAAAUGUCUAAAGCCAAAUGGACAGAUGAGUUCAACCAUGAUCUGCUGAAAUUCCCACCAUUGUUAUGGGUUGUUCAAGAUUUUGUUCAGAUGACAGACGAGAAUGAGAAUAACCCAUCCAAGUGGUUACAUCGCCUACUGGCCUCGUCAUCCAAGGAUAGUGAAGAGCAUACUGUCAGUCUUAAGG